CAGCAAUGGACACCCUUACAACAGCCAAUGGCAACUUCACCUUGGGUCUUUUCAAAAAGUUGAAUCAAUCAUCUCAAGGCAAAAACAUUUUCUUUUCACCCUGGAGUGUCAUGUCUGCUCUGGGUAUGGUCUUUAUGGGAGCAAGAAACAACACUGCCACCCAGAUGGCUGAAGUGCUUCAUUUCAUUAUGGCAAAAGGAAUGGAAAGAUCUUCAGAGGAACAAGAUCUCAGUGCAGGUGAAACCAUUCAUAGUCUGUUCAAGGAAUUGAUCUCUGAAAUCAACCAACCCAAGAGGACUUACGUGCUUAAAACUGCCAACCGACUAUAUGGAGAAAAGACUUUCACAUUUGUUGAUGAAUAUCUGCAACUUGUUAAGAAAUAUUACCAUGCAGAGCCGCAAUCUGUUGAUUUUUUGCGUGCUGCUGAACAAGUCAGAGGCCAGAUCAAUUCUUGGGUGGAAAGACAAACUGAUAACAAAAUUAAGAAUCUGUUACCUGAUGGUGCUGUUGAUUCUCAGACUGCAUUGGUCCUAGUAAAUGCCAUUUACUUCAAAGGAAUGUGGGACAAAAAAUUUCAAAAAGAAAAUACUACAGAGAAGUCUUUCAGACUCAGUAAGAUCCAGUCAAAGCCUGUGCAAAUGAUGUUUCUAAAGGACAAAUUUCCAGCUUUCUACAUUGACACUCUGAAAGUUUUUAUUCUUGAGCUCCUUUAUGUUAGCAAAGAACUCAGCAUGUUUAUCCUGCUGCCAGAAGACAUCACAGAUGAGUCUACUGGUUUAGAACUGUUGGAGAAAGAACUAACAUAUGAGAGAUUAUCGGUAUGGACGAGUCCAGAAAUGAUGGAGAACAUAGAAGUGGAACUCCAACUGCCCAAAUUCAAACUGGAAGAGAGAUAUGACCUCAAGUCUACCUUAAGCAGAAUGGGGAUGAAAGAUGCCUUCAGUCAAGGCCAAGCAAAUUUCUCAGGAAUCUCAAGCAAAAAUAACUUGUUUCUGUCAGAGGUGUUUCACAAGUCAUUUGUGGAAGUGAAUGAAGAGGGCACCGAGGCAGCAGCUGCCACCGGAGCUGUGGUUGUAAUAAGGUCAUCAAUGCGGCCUGUAAAAAUCGUAGCAGACCAUCCUUUUCUCUUCUUCAUCAGAGAGAACAAAAACAAAAACAUCCUUUUCUUUGGCAGAUUCUGCUCUCCGUAGAAUGUUUUGUAGCUUCUAGGUUGCAUUAAAAGCCUGAAAUUUGAAGUGCACUCAUGAAGUUGGAUGUUCUGCUGACCUUAGCAGGAUUGUGCCAGACCAAAAAAUGUUUAGGAAUAAGAUGCAAAUAUUAUGCGUACUAUAGCUAAGCCAUUAUGUUGCUUUAAAAAAGAGCAAUGCACAUAAGCGUUUCUACCUGAUCUCUAAAAAAUAUCUAUGUUAACCAAUUCCAUUUGUCAGAGGGUCUCAUUUUGUAAAAUGAAACAAGAGACAGAUGUCCUCUUCUUUUGUGGCCUUUUUGGCCAUGCUCUUUUAGAGCAGUGGUUCUCAACUUUCCUAAUGCCACAACCUCUUAAUACAGUUCCUCAUGUUGUAGUGACCCUCCACCAUAAAAUUAUCACCACAUAAAUAUCUGAUAUGCAGGAUGUAUUUUCAUUCACUGGAUGAAAUUUGGCACAAAUACCCAAUACAUCUAAAUUUGAAUAUUGGUGUGGUUGGGGGAUUGGUUUUUUUCAUUUGGGAGUGUAGUUGCUGGGAUUUAUAGUUCACCUACAAUCAAAGAGUAUUCUGAACACCACCAAUGAUUGAAUUUAACCAAACUUGGCACACAGAACUCCCAUGACCAACAGAAAAUACUGGAAUGGUUUGGUGGGCAUUGACCUUGAGUUUUGGAGUUGUAGUUCACCUACAUCCAGAGAACACUAUGGACUCAAAUGAUGAUGGAUCUGGACCAAACUUGGCAUGAAUACUCAAUAUGCCCAUAUUUGAAUGCUGGUGGAGUUUGGCGAAAAUAGACCUUAACAUUUGGGAGUUGACAUUCUGAACCCCACAAAUGAUAAAAUUGGGCCAAACAUUCCCCACAGAACCCCAUGACCAACAGAAAAUUCUGCAUUUUCUGAUGGUCUUUGGUGACCCCUCUGACCCCUCCCCCCUUUGUGAGCAUCCCAAGGGUCCUUACCCCCAGGUUGAGAAACACUGUUUCAGAGCAUCUAUUUUGCAUGGGCCAGGUUUCCGAGUAUUGCAUGUCUGCCUUCCAUACAAUCAUAGAGUGCAUUUCACCUCCCAAUAUGAAUUGGGGCUUAAGAAUAUAGUGUCAUGGCUCAAUGUAGAAAAUAUGGAAAGCUGAAAUUCACAUAGGUCCAAAUCCCAUUGUUAGCUUCAAGUAGAAUAGAACCAUUAAAUCAAUGGAAAUGGCAUAACUGCUUAUUUACCAAGCUCCCAUUUAUUUCAGUGCAACUUACAAUUUAGUUGCAACCUACAAUUAAGAUUUGAGCUACAAUGCCCCACCUAGUUCUCAAAAUACACUCAAGUAGUUAAUAAAAACAUAAGGGAUGGGACUAGAUAGCUUUGUAGGGCCUUUCCACACAGCCCUAUAUCCCAGAAUAUCAAGGCAGAAAAUCCCACAAGAUCUGCUUUGAACUGAGUUAUCUGAGUCCACACUGCCAUAUAUCUCAGCUCAAAGCAAAUAAUGUGAGAUUUUAUUCAUCUGUGCAGAAGGGGCCUCAGUCUCUUCCAAUCUAUAAUUUCAUAAUAUAUAAAGGAUGUGUAAUUAAAGGUAAAAGUCAGUGACAUUUAUAUUCUCCAAUGCAUGCACACUUUUAUACUAUACUGUUUCUGAUCAUUCUUUUAUCUCUUUUUUUAAAAAGCAUAGCAUAUACAUGCAUAGAAAGUUUUAGAUGCUAUGAGAUAACAUUUAAUUUUUAAACAUAGGAACGUUGGGUUCAUGCUAUAAUGGCACAUGUAUGAUUUGAAAAUGAACAUUUAACCAUUUCUUGUUAAUGUUGUUUGAUAAUUCUUACUCUUUAUUAUACUCACAUUACAUUUUAUACUUUGUAUUUUGAUUGAACAAGUGUUGUAGAAUGUCUAGCUAUUGUUUUAGAAAUGUUAGUAAACAUACAUGUAUAAAUAAUACAAGAUCAAUUGACACUGUAACUCAAAAAUGAAUUUUGAUUUGCUAGCUUUAUGCUGGAUGUCAUUAAUGGUUAUCUUUUUGGGUAAGAUGAGAAACUCAGUUCUGAAAACAAGCUUUUGUAAAAGGGAUGCAUUUCUCUUCUUUUUACCACUUGGAACUACAGUCCAGGAUACACCAUGAGAUUUUGUUCUUUAGGUCUUUAAUCUUUUAUCUAAAUGUGUCUUUUUACUUGUAUGUACAAUAUUUACCAACAUUUUUCUACCACAAAGCAUUUUUUUCAAAUGUCCCGCUACUUUUGGCAUACUAAGAUUUUUGUGAAACUACACAUAUCUGAGUAUAAGUGAAAUGUGGGGAUACCUAACAAAAUUAUUAAAGUGACUAUACUGCAGGGCUGAGGAACUUGAUCCCCAACAACUGAUGAAUUAUUACUUGCAUGAUCCCUCAUGAUUGGCCAACCUGCUGAGG